ACCAACGUUGUUUUCUUCCAAACUGAACUUGUUCAAUCCUAACCAUGGCAUUCAUGCCCAUAAUAACAUUCACCUGGCUCUUCUUUUCCUUCACCAUGUCAUUGGCAAUGGACAUGUCCAUCAUCAACCACACUCACGAAGAGAAGGUGAUGGCCUUGUACGAAGAGUGGUUGGUGAAACACCAAAAAAUAUAUAAUGGGUUAGGCGAGAAGGAUAAAAGGUUUCGAGUUUUUAAGAAUAACUUGGAAUUUAUAGAAGAACACAAUGCUCAAAAUCACACAUAUAAACUUGGUUUGAACAAGUUUGCUGAUAUGACUAACGAAGAAUAUCGUGUCAUGAAUUUGGGCACCAGAAGUGAUGCUAAGAGAAGGGUCAUGAAAACCAAGAUCACCGGUCACCGAUAUACUUACAAUGCAGGUGAUAGGUUGCCGAAGCACGUAGAUUGGCGGUUGAAAGGUGCAAUCACUCCUAUCAAAGAUCAAGGAAAUUGUGGAAGUUGUUGGGCGUUCUCAACUGUGGCGACAGUUGAAGCAAUAAACAAGAUAGUCACGGGAAAGCUGUUGUCAUUAUCAGAACAAGAACUUCUAGACUGUGACAGAACUUACAAUAAAGGGUGCAACGGGGGUCUCAUGGACUACGCUUUCCAAUUUAUCAUCGAAAAUGGUGGAAUAGACACAGACAAAGAUUAUCCAUACUACGGUGUUGAUGGCAUUUGUAAUACAACAAAGAAAAAUGCAAGGAUUGUGAAAAUUGAUGGGUAUGAAGAUGUUCCACCCUAUGACGAGAAAGCUCUAAAGAAAGCUGUAGCUCAUCAACCCGUGAGCGUGGCUAUUGAAGCCUCUGGAAGGGCUUUACAGCUCUAUAAAUCGGGUAUAUUUACCGGUAAAUGUGGGAAAGACUUGGAUCAUGGCGUGGUUGUUAUUGGAUAUGGCUCUGAAAAUGGUGUGGAUUAUUGGUUAGUGAGGAAUUCAUGGGGCAGUGACUGGGGUGAAGAUGGUUACUUCAAGAUACAGCGAAACAUGAUGAAUACCUCCGCGGGUAAGUGUGGAAUUGCAAUGGAGGCUUCCUACCCAGUCAAAAAUGAACAAAAUUCUGCAGUUCCUAAUUCAGUUUAUGAAAGCCAUGAGGUGUAUGUUAGCAGUGCUUGAAAUAGCUCCAUCAUUACAUUGGAACAAGAAAGUGGAACAAGAGCUAAAAUUGCAACAAAUUGAUGUUUCUAUUAUCUUAGAUAUGGUUAUUAGAUGUGCCUGUUGGACUAUUUUUGUAUAUAAAUUUCUUCACGUGAAAACUGAAGCUGAAUUCAAUUUGCGCAAGUCUU